AUGACCAGUGUGGUGAGGAGAGAAGAGCAUCCGGGUUUUCCAGCAAGCAAUGUUCAUGUAUACAGAAAUGGGCGUUAUCAGAGGCCAGCGGGACAACAGGGACAACAGAGAGAGGGAGGCUUUGCGCUCUUUGUCCAGCUGCUGCCCAUCGUCAUCCUGGUGGUUGUGUCAGCUCUCAGUCAGAUGAUGGUCUCCACUGCCCCCUACAGCCUCAGCUUCAGGCCGUCUAUUGGACACACCCACAAGAGGUACACGGAGACCUUGAGGGUGCCGUACUAUGUGGGAGACCACUUCUCCAGGGAGUACAACGGACUGAAUCUGAAGACUGUGGAGAGGAGUGUGGAGGAUGACUACAUCUCCAACCUCAGAAACAACUGCUGGAAGGAGAAACAACAGAAGGAGGGRCUGCUGUAUCGAGCUCGCUAUUUUGGAGACAAUGAGUUGUACCAGAGGGCUCAGAAGAUGGGGACACCGAGCUGCUCCAGGCUGUCUGACAUCUCUGUUUCCUUAGGUGGUUAAAUAUAAAGGAAGGCUGUUGAUCGCCACACUGAUAGGUAGUUAUCCGAAACCGCAAAAACAAUUUUAUUGCCUGUAAAUACGUACGCUUUUCAACAUUCGGGACUGUGACUUCACUGCACACCAAACUCGGACAGAUCUCCUUGAGUUGGAGAUCUCGUAUGGCGAAGAAGAAGAGAAUGACCUAAAGUCUUGUUGAGGAAGAAUGAAUACCCUCUUUGUUGAUGAUCAUGGUGAUGUGUCAUGAAGUGACUGUGCUCUGUUACAAGCUGACUGUUUUACAAAUGCACUGUUAGGGACUCCUGCUUUUUACCCUCUUACGUCCUAAAUGGCACACUAUUCUAUAUAGUGCACUAUUUUUUUUUUUACCUGGGCCCAUAGGGCUUCUGGUCAGUGCAGCAUAUAGAGAAUAGUGUGCUAUUUGGGAGGCACCUCAAGUCAGAUGAUGUAAGGCGGCGUUAAAUCAGGAAAUACUCAGAUCAGAAGUGGUUCAUUAUACAUGUCCUCCUUUAGCAAUUGAUACUUCCGAGAUAUUCAUCUUUUAUUUCAAUAUGGCGAAAACAUUGAAGAAUGGUUAAGACCAAUUGAAGCUGAUGGCAGUUGAGUUUCCUGAUUUAUACUUUAUAUGUAAAUUAUGAUUUUUACUAUGCAGGGAUUAUAUUUAUAUAUUCUCCUAUCAGAGUCAGUAAGGUAAACAUACACCUCUCAAGACAUGUACUGAGCAAUUUUGAUUUUGCAGACCUAUGUAUUUACAAUGAGUGAACCCAGUGAAUGAGAAAGUAAUUUAUUUAUUGUUGGAAUUCUAAAAUAUCAAAUGUUUUUAUUCAAGAUUUUCUUCAUUAGAACACAGCGUCUAUCUAAUAAAGUAGGUCUUGCUCACGAUGACACGUCCAUAUUAUGUUUUUACUCAAACAGGGAAAAUAAACAUUCUACGUGCCCCAUC